AUGACUAUCACCAAUCCAGCACAAUUAAUAGACGAGUUCAAAAAAUCAGGCGAAUUUGACCGUCUGCGACGUGAGCUCCUGUCACAUUUCCAACGCAGUGACCGCACCGAGGCCUUCAAAUCUCGUGUUGAUGAUAUAGCCCGACAACGGCUGUCUUCUGACCCGAAAUUGAUUUCUAUGCCCAAUGACGCUAUUCAGCGUGAACUGCUAGGGGAAAUCGACCGCUAUCCCAUUGUUGAGCGAGCGGUGGCUGAUGCUCCUUUCCUAUCUGACCCGGCAUUCAUUGCUGGCAUACGUGCUUCACUGGAACGCACCAUGUCGGCAGGCAGAGGUGAAAAGAGCCAUGCCACACCAAGUGAGCAUUUAUACGUAUACUUUGAUGGUUUCUUUCAGCUCUUGACUGGGACGCUAGGCCAAUUGACGCCGAAUGUGCAUCCAAAUGAUUCGGGCAAUCCAGACCCAGCUGUUUCACAGUCCAAUGGUACUCUGGUACCUUCUCCGGAGGCGCAGAAAGAGUAA